GACAAAUGAUAAGGAAGGUUAACCUGUCUGAACAACAUAUUAACCGGAAAUGAAAGUGCUCAUAAUUCUAUUCUGUUUAACACUCUUAUGCGUGUUGACGAACGGACAAGUAUGUGAUGAUCUGGAUACAGACGUUUGCAGGGUACUGUCAUCCUUAUAUCCUAAAAUGUGUGAUGACAGAUGUUUAUCUAGUAUCUGUAACAGAUUUUGUGGAAACUGUCCUGUAAGGUGUUAUUAUAGCAGAGAUAUAGUCAAUCCAUCAAACUGUUCCACUAUAGUCGACUGUCCAUCAAUAGAUCAUUAUUGUUUCACAUCAGAAACAUUUGCUGAUGAUUUUACGAAAGUAUAUAAAAUGGGAUGUGCACUAAAAAAAACUUGUUUAAUAAAUGUCAAUGGUGGUAGAAGGUCAGAUGUUGUUGUAAAAGGUGCAUGUUGCGGCACUGACAAAUGCAACAAUAAUUUACCAGAUGAAAUUGAUCGACUAGUAGAUUUACAGCAACAAAAGAUAUCAGAGCAGCUGUCACAAAAUAAUAUGACAUCGCACAUGUCUGAUUGCUUUGAUACCAUUCCUAACUGCAAAGAGUAUAAAUCAAUUGUAUGUGGACAAUAUGCCGCCUGGUCAAAAGAGCACUGUGCUCGCUUCUGUAAUAUAUGUGGAACUAGUACCAAAACAAGAGUUAUUCUACCUGGUGUACCGACAAUCACACCUGACUGCAAGAACAUGGAUGACAACGUGUGUCAUAAGCUAGCGUUGGAUGAUCCCAAACUUUGUUCCAAUGACUGUAUCGCUAACAAAAUUUGUCCUAGGUUUUGCAAAAAAUGUUAUCAGUGUUAUAGCUGCAGUGAUAUAGAUCGUCUAGAUGACUGUAGUAAUACCACAACAUGUGAAUCAGGGAAGGAGUGUUUUCAGCUUGAAACACUUAGUUAUGAUCUACGUCCAGUCUUCCGACUAGGAUGUCUCGACGAGAGCCUUUGUCAAAGGCUUGGUGUUAAUCCUGUACAAUCAGGAUUUGGACGAAGACAACAAGGCUUGAAAGGUGGAUGUUGUAAAACAGAUCUGUGUAAUACCAAACUGAUUAAUGUAAUACCUACUACAACAACUACAGUAUCGACUAGCACUAUUGUCCCUACUCAGGGCUGUUCAUUAUAUCACUCUGGAAGUGUUCAUGGUUGUGGUCCUAACUCUGCAUAUGUUAUAAAAGGACACUCAUGUUACCAUAUCGGAAAUGACGAGUUAACAUGGAUAGAAUCAAAGAAUUAUUGCAAAAGCAAAUGUGGUACUCUCGCUAAUUUUGGUUCAGGCGCUGAUAUAAUAGAUGUCAUCAACCGAAUUAAAUCAAGUUAUAACCAUCUGGAUCUCUGGGUUGACGCAGUGAAAGAUUCACAUAGAAAUUGGAUAUGGACAGAAACAAACCAGAGAAUAGUUAUGGAAACUUCUUUCUAUUUGAACAAAAUAGACGGUUCCUGUGGCGCAGGGCAUAAUUCGAAUAUCGUCACCAUGAUUCCUCAUAACUGUACCACGCUACUCCAUCCGUUAUGUGAGACAACAAUAACAUAAAAUGAAAACAAUUGGUUUUAGUUUGUAGUAAAGUAUAGUCUA